GAUGUUUUACACAAGAUGACUUCUUCACACUUGGCUGCUAUAAAGAAGGUAGUUGGACAAUUUCUAACUUAUUUGAUUAUUAAAGUCCAUUGUUUCCUCCAAAUAAGAUGACAUCAGGAAACCCCUGACAGUCUAUUAAAUGAAUAGAACAAGAUGGAGCCACAAGCCAAAAGAAGGAAAGAAAUGGACAGAUAUGACACUUGGGAUGUUCUUCCAGUUCUCUCUGACAAACAGUCCCGGGACACUGAAUUGUUGCUGGCCUACGCGGCACCUAUCGUCGAGAAAAGACAAACAUCUCGCCUGGUCAAAGAGCUUUCCCUGAUCUACCCUUUACCCGGUCUGCAGCACAUAAAAAGAGUGAGGGCUUGCAAAGACAAAAGCACUUCUCAUCCAUUGGAGGUCAUUGUGUGCUUGGCCAGGGAUGUGCAGGUGAUAGACUGCAAAGGAGUUACGCUUGCUGAUCUGCUUUGCUCACAGUCUUUUGACUCCAGUGGUUUGGGAGAACCUUUCCUUGUCGAAAUACCCGCCAAUCCUCCACUAACCAGACCGCAGUUUGAAAAAGCUAGUAAACACUGGCCUACGUCAUUUCACGAGGACAAACAAGUGACGUCUGCUCUGAGAGGCCAGUUAUUCACUGCUGAUCAGAAAGCUAAAAUGCAAAAGUACAUGACGGCAGCUGUAGAGGCUGCAAAAUCAGGCGGGAAGAUGGGAAUGGAUGCGGUGGGCGCAGUGAUUGUUGACCCAGAAUCGGAGCAGAUUGUUGCAGUGGGUCAUGACUGUAAGCACGGCUCUCAUCCGCUCCAUCACGCUGUCAUGGUCUGUAUUGAUCUCGUGGCCUGUGGGCAAGGAGGAGGCACCUACAGUUACGAGAAAUAUCCAGCCUGUCGGUUUAGCAGCUCCGAGUCCUUUAGGAAUGCUUGCAAUGCCAAAGAAACCGGUCUGCCUUACAUCUGCACCGGAUAUGAUCUUUACGUCACUCGAGAGCCGUGCAUGAUGUGUGCAAUGGCUUUGGUGCACUCAAGAAUCAACAGAGUGUUUUAUGGAGGGCCCUCUGCAGAUGGUGCCUUGGGAACCAAGUAUAAAAUUCACUGCCAAAAAGAUUUAAAUCAUCACUUUGAAGUGUUUAAAGGUGUGAUGCUAAAUGCAUGUGAGGCUUUACACAAAAAGUCUUUUUUUUUUUAAUAAUUAGAGGCAAUAUUACAUUGACAUUUAUGAUGACAUUUUAAUUGUUUUUACAUUUCUAACUACAGCAAAUGUUUUUUUAAGCCCAUAAUAAAAAG